AAAAUUAUCUAGAAGAAAGAGAUUAGAGAAGAGUAAUAGUAAAAUAAAUAAAUGAAGAUGGUUGAUUACUUGGAGGAAGAGUUUAGGUAUCGUGAAUUUAAAAAGGAGACUCUGAAAUCCUCGUUUUUCUUUUUUCAACAAAAACCAUAAUUGUUUUGCUAUCAUCCAACACCGAUUAAAUUAGAAGAAGAAGAAGAAGAGGAAGAUCAGAUCUGCAACUUUGAUCUCAAUCAUAGAUUUUAUUGUAUCAUAUUUAUAUCUCAUUAAUAAUAAUAAGAAAACAAGGAGAGCAGAGCAGAGAACAGAAGAGACUUUCCAGUCAAUAGUGAGUCAUGGCGGAGGACAAAGGCAUUCCUGACGGUGAAACCAAAGAAUCCAGUCCCCCGCUGCCGGUGGUAAAGAAGAAAGGCAAGGGACUUCUCUCCCGCAUUUGGAAUGCAAUCUUUAGGAUUCACGGGGACGAUUUCGAGAAGAGGCUUGAACACAUUUCCAAGGAAGAGGCCGCUGUCCUCUCGAGAAUGAAAAGAAGAUCCCAGACCUGGAGGAGAAUGAUUCGGAAUCUCAUUGCCUUUUCUGUCAUUUUGGAGGUUGUUGCAGUUUCUUAUGCCAUCAUGACAACAAGAUCUGUGGACUUGAACUGGAAGAUGAGGGCAUUUCGAGUUUUGCCAAUGUUCCUUUUGCCUGCUUUUUCUUCUGUUGCUUAUUCUGCAUUUGUAAGCUUCACAAGGAUGUGUGAUCGCAGGGACCAGAAAACUCUAGAAAGACUUCGAGCUGAAAGGCAAGAAAAAAUUGAUGAACUUAAGGAGAAGACAAAUUAUUACACUACACAACAGCUUAUUCAGAGAUAUGAUCCUGAUCCAGCAGCAAAGGCUGCUGCUGCAACUGUCCUGGCAUCUAAGUUGGGAGCAGAUUCAGGUUUGAAAGUCUAUGUUGGAGAUGAUUCUGAGUAUAAUGUGCCAGGGGGGAAGAGCAAUGAUGUUGAGGUAGUGCCAUCAAGUGGAAUUCGGAAACGAAAGCAACUACACACUAGAUCCAGUAGUGCAGGAAGCACUCCAUUGCUUCAUUCUGAUGAAGAAAAACCUCAUUCUGCAGGGAUGGAGGGUCCUCGAGCUUCUGAGCAUGGUCAUCUGGUUGUAGUUGAUCAUCACUAUCCACAAGGACCAGCCUCACAUGAUGGGGGAUGGCUUGCUCGAAUUGCUGCCUUGCUUGUGGGUGAAGAUCCAACACAGUCUUAUGCUCUCAUAUGUGGCAACUGCCAUAUGCACAAUGGACUUGCCAGGAAGGAGGAUUUCCCAUACAUAACGUAUUACUGCCCACACUGCCAAGCCCUGAACAGGCCAAAACAAAUGGAAGAGCAUGUUUCUAAGUCAAGCUCCCCUAGCAUGAAGGCAGUGAAAUCAGAAGGAAGUGGUGAUGCCACUGGUGAUGUGAGUGAGAGCAGCAGCCCUAUGGCUGCCAGAGCUGCUGGUCAUGAGAUUAAGGAAGUAACUGAAAAAGUAGUUGGAUAAAAUGCAUAAUAUCAAGGAGAGUUUAUUGAGUGAGAUCAGAGAUGAUCUAUUUUGUGAAGUGCUGGUUCUGGUUGGCCUUGGAUCUCAUUUCAUCUGUGAGUAUAAGAUUAAAAUGGAUCUCUGUCUGUCUGGAUUUGCCAGUGGUGUUGGUUUGGUUGUGAUGUGUUGGGUUGGGCUGGGUUGUGUGACUAAAACAUUAUUGAGAUUAUAUCUUGUGGAGAAAUUAUGAUGAUACACAUAUUUAUAUGUACAUUUGUACCCUUUUUUUCCAUCAAGGAGAAAAUGCUAUCCUGUACCCAUUUUUCCA